UCCAUAUUGACGUUUGAUGCAGCAACAAGUUUAAUUAUUAAUUGAAAAAUUUUCUAAACGAAACGUGAAUUGAUAAAAAAAACACAAACGUCACAAUGGAAGAAUCAAAAGAAGGCGAAAUCAAUAAAGCUUAUACUAUUGAUGAGACCUUAGAAAAUGGUGUUGAAAACUAUAAGACUGAAUUUCAAAUUGCUGAAUUUGAAGAUAAAGAGAAAGUAAUAAAACCGAAAACAACUUUAGAAAUAUGGACCAAACGAUCAUUAUUAUUUAUACUACACGCAGCGGUAGGAGCAUAUUUUGGUUAUGCCACCUAUUAUUAUAUUGAUCAAAAGGAUGAAUGUUAUUAUGGCGAUGAGUUGCAGUGUUCAAUACGUUUUUGCAGUGGCUAUGGAUUUUUGGUCUUAUUACUUGGUUUUAUAUAUUUGGGUCUAAUCUAUUAUUAUAUUUUUAAACCCAUGGUGGGUAAACGUUUACAUCGCCUCUACUUAAAGCCCUUAGAUAAAUGGUGGAUGAAAUUUAGUAGAACAAGAUUUAUAUCCUCCGUACUUAUUGGUUUGCUUGUGCUGGUAUUGGUCAUCUUUUUGUAUUUCGAGACUAGAGAUGAACCAGAGAAGCUGAUCUCACUGAUUGGACCUUGCUGUUUUAUACUGCUCGGUUAUAUGUUCUCAACAGCACGUUCAGCCAUUAAAUGGCGCAUUGUAAUUACCGGCAUAGCGUGCCAAUUUUUCCUCGGUGUCAUCUGUAUACGUUGGAGUGUGGGCCGUAGCAUCUUUGAGUGUAUUGGCAAUAAGACAGCCACUUUCUUGUCCUUUGCCGAUGAGGGUAGUCGUUUCGUUUAUGGUGAUACUAUUAUAGAUCAGGGUGUAUUUGCCUUUGCAAUACUAUCCGUGAUAUUCUUCUUUAGUUUCUUUAUAUCAAUCCUCUACUACUUGGGCGCCAUGCAAUGGGUUGUUUUGAAAUUGGGUUGGAUUUUACAGCAAAUGUUAGGUACAACCGUAUGUGAAAGUGUUACUGCGGCCGCCAAUAUAUUUUUGGGAAUGUCGGAAAGUCCUUUACUCAUACGACCCUAUAUUAAGAAAUUGACUGCUAGUGAAAUACAUUCCAUUAUGGUUUCUGGCUUCGCUACAGUUUCCGGUACAGUAUUAGCGGCUUAUUUAAGUUUUGGUGCUUCAGCAGCCCAUUUGAUAACAUCUAGUGUUAUGGCUGCCCCCGCCACCUUGGCCAUAUCGAAAUUAUAUAUGCCCGAAACGGAGGAAAGUAAAACCACCUCAGAUAAUAUAGAAUUGGAGAAAUCAGAAGAUUCUUCGAUUUUAGAUGCUGCCUCGAAUGGUGCCAGUAAUGCUGUGCCCAUUGUUUUGGGUAUUAUUUCCAAUAUAGUGGCUUUUGUAGCCUUUAUCGCCUUUUUAAAUGCGGUGGUCAAUUGGUUUGGCACAUUGGUGGGUGUAGAUUACAUCGAUUUCGAAUGGCUAUUCUCGAAAAUCUUUAUACCAUUAGCCUGGAUUAUGGGUGUACCGUGGGAUGAUUGUGAUGCAGUGGCAAAAGUAAUUGCUACUAAGUCAAUUAUCAAUGAAUUUGUGGCAUAUGAAAAAUUGGGCGUUUUAAUAACUUCUAAAGCUAUAGGGGCCCGCAGUGCCGGUAUUGCAACAUUUGCGAUUUGUGGCUUUGCUAAUCCCAGUUCGCUGGGCAUAUUAAUUGGUUCGUUGGGUGCUAUGGCACCAAAACGUAGAGGCCUCAUAACAUCAGUAGCUUUUAGAGCUUUCAUUGUGGGCAGUAUAGUCUGCUUUAUGUCCGCCAGUUUUGCCGGCAUUUUAAUGCAAAAUGAAGAGGAAGAAGCAACCUAUGAUCGUAUAAUAAAUUCAUUGCAACGUAAAAAUAUAACAAUAGCUUUAUUUCAAAAGCAAUAAUGAUACCUAAAUUAGUUUUAAGUAAAUUAUUUUAACUGUGAAUGUAUUAUUUUAAAAAACCUUGCCGUUUUAUUUUUAGAUUUUAGUUAUAGGAUAAUUUUAUUUUUAAGUUAAAAAUUGUGUAUAUAAAUUUAAGUUUAAUAUAAUUUUAAUAAUAAACAAAAAACCCUUUUUUACAUGUAUAAUUUACU